AUGGCCUCCUCAGUACCAAAGCUCAGCGACCAGUCACUCUUUGCCAACAAGAACUAUAUCGAGGAUCCUGCUAGUGGUGCUCUAAUCGGAUCAAGCCCAGAAUCCGGUACGCAAGAUGCAAAGACAGCGAUUCGCCAGGCAGGUCGUGCGCUUCCUGCCUGGCGCUCGCGCACUGGACAGGACCAGUCGCGGAAUUCUGUGACGAUAGUAUGA